UCGUGUUGGCUCCAGCUCGUGUCUCCCCCUUGUGGUGGGGUCCGGAAGUGCAGAGAGUCUCUGCGGCGCACGAGUUCCAACAAACACUAAAAAUAAAAACAAAAACACAGACAGAGAACAGGUUUUAUUAGCUAAUCAAAAAAAUUCUGAGAAUUGCUUUUUUUUUCAGACAUCAAAGCUCCUCUUCACAGCUCCUGCAGUGACAGGACACGCACGCGGGCCCUCGGAGCGGGUCCCUCAGCCCUCCGGGGGGGUGGAGGUGAGACUCUUUCCUCCCUCUGUGGAUAAGCUCGUCCCUUUUCCUCUUUUUCUCGCCGUGAUUGGACGGACUCCCCCCUCAGGAAUAGCAUUAAACUAUUUAAAUGAACUUUGUCCCUGCGUCGCCUGAAAGGAGCCCUGAUUCCCGCGGAGUCACGCGCGUUUCUGGAUUCACGCAGGACAAGGACGCGCCGUUUCCAUGCGGAUUUAAAUCGGACUGCAGGAGGAUUACUGCGGGGUUUUGGACUCUUUUGGAGGCCUUUCUGUCUUGUGUCUGGGCUGCGGGGAAGCAGGUUCACCAUGACGCGCGCAGGGACCGUUCUGCUGCUGAUGCUCUGCUCCUGUGAGGCUGCGAGGGUCGCAGAGAGCCGGGACGACAACAGCGUGUUCGACCUGUUCGAGCUCAUCCGCGUCCCCAGCAAGAACCACGGGGUGACCCUGGUGAAGGGAGACGACCCGUACAGCCCCGCCUACAAGAUCGUCAACCCGGACCUGAUCCCCCCGCUCCCCGACGGCGCCUUUCGGGACCUGAUCGACUCCAUCCACGCAGAGAGGGGCUUCCUGCUGCUACUCAACUUUAAGCAGUUCAAGCGGACCAGAGGCAGCAUCCUGACCGUGGAGAAGCGCGACGGCUCCGGGCCCGUCCUCGAGAUCGUCUCCAAUGGCAAAGCGAACACCCUGGACAUCGUUUACUCCACGGAGAACAAGCAGCAGGUGGUCUCCAUCGAGGAGGUGGACCUGGCCACGGGUCACUGGAAGAACAUCACGCUGUUCGUGCAGGAGGAGCGCGCGCAGCUCUACGUGGGAUGCGAGGAGGUGAACACCGCCGAGCUGGACGCGCCGAUCCACAGCAUCCUGACGCAGGAGACCCCGCCGGGCGCGCGCCUUCGGGUCGGGAAGGGCGCAGUGAAGGACCGGUUCAUGGGGGUUCUUCAGAACGUGCGCUUCGUCUUUGGCACCACACUGGAAGCCAUCCUGCGCAACAAAGGCUGCCAAAGCUCUACAAGUGACUCUAUGAUCCUGAGGAAUCUCAACGGCUCCUCGGCCAUCAGAACUGAGUACACCGGGCAUAAAACCAAAGACCUGCAGAUGGUCUGUGGCUUCUCCUGCGAGGACCUGAUCAGCAUGUUCAAGGAGCUGAAGGGUCUGGGUGUGGUGGUCAAGGAGCUGUCCAAUGAACUCCGUCAACUGACCGACGAGAACAAGCUGAUCAAGACCCGGAUCGGCAUCCACCGAGGCGUCUGCAUCCACAACGGCAUUGUUCGCAAAAACCGUGACGAGUGGACUGUGGACGACUGCACCGAGUGCACGUGCCAGAACUCUGCCACCGUGUGCCGUAAAAUCUCCUGCCCCCUGAUCCCCUGUGCCAAUGCUACGGUUCCUGAUGGGGAGUGCUGCCCUCGCUGUGGAACACCGAGUGACUACGCAGAGGACGGCUGGUCGCCUUGGUCUGAAUGGACUCGUUGUUCUGUGUCGUGUGGGCGGGGCAUCCAGCAGCGGGGACGCUCCUGCGAUCGCAUCAACAACAACUGCGAGGGCACCUCUGUGCAGACCCGUGACUGCUACCUGCAGGAGUGCGACAAGCGCUUCAAGCAGGACGGCAGCUGGAGCCACUGGUCGCCCUGGUCGUCCUGCUCCGUCUCCUGUGGUGAAGGUGUCAUCACCCGUAUCCGCCUCUGCAACUCUCCCACCCCUCAGCUGGGAGGAAAGCAGUGCGAGGGAGAAGCUCGACAAACCCAGAAGUGCCAGAAGUCUCCGUGUCCCAUCAAUGGAAACUGGGGACCCUGGUCUCCGUGGGAUUCGUGCACUCUCACCUGUGGAGGAGGUGUUCAGACUCGAAAGCGCCUAUGCAACAAUCCUGCUCCUCUCUACGGCGGUAAAGAGUGCGUCGGCGAGGCUACAGACAGACAGAUGUGCAACAAGAAAGCCUGUCCUGUUGAUGGUUGUUUGUCCAAUCCCUGCUUUUCUGGAGCCAAGUGCACAAGUUUCCCUGAUGGCUCCUGGAAGUGUGGAAAGUGCCCCAACGGUUACUCUGGCAACGGCAUAAAGUGCAAAGAUAUCGAUGAGUGCAAGGAGGUUCCAGAUGCCUGCUUUGAGUUCAACGGCGUGCACCGUUGUGAGAAUACAGAUCCUGGCUACAACUGUUUGCCCUGCCCUCCACGCUACACAGGACCCCAGCCGUAUGGGCAAGGCAUCGAAGAAGCUGCUGCCAACAAACAGGUGUGUACACCCCGUAAUCCCUGCCUGGAUGGAAGUCACGACUGCAACAAAAACGCCCGCUGCAACUACCUCGGCCACUUCUCGGACCCCAUGUUCCGCUGCGAGUGCAAGCCAGGCUUUGCCGGAAACGGACACAUCUGUGGAGAGGACACAGACCUGGACGGGUGGCCCAAUGCUGACCUGGUGUGUGUGGAGAACGCCACCUACCACUGCAAGAAGGACAACUGUCCCAACCUUCCUAACUCUGGGCAAGAAGACUACGAUAAAGAUGGAAUCGGAGAUGCUUGCGAUGACGACGAUGACAACGAUGGCAUCCCCGAUGACAGGGAUAACUGUCCGUUCGUGUACAAUCCCAGGCAGUACGACUAUGACCGCGAUGAAGUGGGUGACCGCUGUGACAACUGCCCUUAUAACAGCAACCCAGACCAGACAGACACGGACAACAACGGCGAGGGCGACGCCUGUGCGGUGGACACUGAUGGAGAUGGAAUUCUGAAUGAGAAGGACAACUGUCCCCAUGUGUACAACGUUAACCAAAGAGACACGGAUCUGGAUGGAGUGGGAGACAUGUGCGAUAACUGCCCUCUGGAGCAUAAUCCCGAUCAGGUGGACUCAGAUGAUGACCGUGUGGGAGAUAAAUGUGACAGUAACCAGGACAUUGAUGAGGAUGGACACCAGAACAAUCUGGACAACUGCCCAUACAUCCCCAACGCCAACCAAGCCGACCAUGACAAAGACGGCAAGGGAGAUGCCUGCGACCAUGACGAUGACAACGAUGGCAUCCCUGAUGACAAAGAUAACUGCAGGCUGGCCUUUAACCCCGACCAGCUGGACUCUGAUGGUGACGGCCGUGGAGACGCUUGCAAAGAAGACUUUGAUCAGGACAACGUGCCUGACAUCUAUGACGUGUGUCCGGAGAACUUUGACAUCAGUGAGACAGACUUCCGCAAAUUCCAGAUGGUUCCACUGGAUCCAAAAGGAACCUCCCAGAUUGAUCCAAACUGGGUAGUCCGACACCAAGGCAAGGAGCUGGUUCAGACGGUCAACUGUGAUCCUGGCAUCGCUGUUGGUUACCACGAGUUCAACGCAGUGGACUUCAGUGGGACUUUCUUCAUCAACACUGAACGAGAUGAUGACUACGCUGGUUUUGUAUUCGGCUACCAGUCGAGUUCCAGGUUCUACGUGGUGAUGUGGAAGCAGAUCACGCAGACCUACUGGUCCCAUAAACCCACGAAAGCUCAGGGCUACUCUGGCCUGUCCAUCAAAGUGGUUAACUCCACUACCGGUCCAGGAGAGCAUCUCAGGAAUGCCUUGUGGCACACAGGCAACACCCCAGGACAGGUCCGCACACUGUGGCAUGACCCAAAGAAUGUCGGAUGGAAGGACUUCACUGCCUACAGGUGGCAUUUGAUCCACAGACCAAGAACAGGACUGAUUCGAGUUGUAAUGUAUGAAGGGAAGAAGAUGAUGGCGGACUCUGGAAGCAUCUAUGACAAGACAUACGCGGGCGGCAGGCUAGGUCUGUUCGUCUUCUCUCAGGAGAUGGUUUAUUUCUCAGACCUGAAGUAUGAAUGCAGAGAUGCAUAAGUAGCAUUUGAGGAAUGCACCUUUUUCUGUACAAAGUCAGAACUUCUAGAUUUUCCUGCAAAGUCCAGAAGCUGAUUUAUCUUCAAGGCUUUCUUCUGUGACACGCACACUCGAACGGGGCGAAGGUAUGUGGUCCGCCUCAGGGUAGCUCCAUGCUGGUUUGUGCAGAGAGCUACCAGCUGAGUGCAAAGUUGAGGAUCCGAGAGCAGAAAGAGCUGAAGGAAAAAAAGAAAAACAGCUUUGGAGCUAUGGAAGUAGGACACCAGCACCUUUCUAUGCCAGCUCUGCUCACUUUCCAGUCCCUGAAAGAACUCAUUCAUCUCUGUGCUGGAACGGCUCCUCAUGGAAAACUAUGCACUUAUAUCUCUGUCUUUCUGCCGAUCUUCUCGAGCCUGUCUGCCCUCUUCGGAUGAACAUCCCAAAGAAAAACCAAACGAAUUUUUGCCUUUUUUUCCCCCUUCAGACCAGUGCUGAUGAAAGACACUUUCAAGGACUUUUUUAUAUCAAAGACUUAUGACUUAAACAAGCUGUUGGCUAUGAAGAGGAAAUAGGAGGAAUAUCACACCACAGAUGUUUGUGUUCACAUGUACGGUUUGUGGAAGACAAGCCAUGAAGAGAAACCCUGCAGUAAGAACCUUCUGUUUUUGAGUUUGAGUCAGCUGAUGUUUGUUUUUCACUCUCAGGAUUAAAUGGAAACAAUCACUUUCACACUCUGAGACAUACAAAAUAAUGAAAAAAGCAUCACUAAAAUAGGUCUUACUCAAAAGUUAUAACACGGUCACUAAAGCAAUUCCUGGACUACUAAGGACUCUAAGAUUUAGCAUUUUUAGGGGCCACCUUGAGGAUUAAAACAAAACAAAAAGACUUUUGGAGUAAACGCACAAUUUUACCACAAUGAAGCUGAUGUAAUCAACUUUUAUUGUGGAACUUUACAACUAGAACUGAAAACUUUGUCACCUGCUGACGGUAGCUUUUGAUCUACAAGUAUUUCUAAUCAUUUGACUGUGCUCCCAACUAACAAGGGCAAAAAAAGAAAUAAGGUAAAGAAGAAUGUUUCAUAGCUAAAAUAAAUAUCUACGCAAAACUAAAAAUACAUUCCACCAUUUUGUUUUUCAGUGUAAUAUCACACUGACUUAAGUUGGGACCCUUGCUUUUUUCCCCCUUUCAUUGAAAACUACAUGUGAAGUACUGCAUUUUCCACACUAUAGGGCUCACUGCAUUAUAGGUUGCACUGUCAAUGAAUCUAUUUUUGAACGUGUAUCCUGUAUAAGGUGCAUCCAAGUUUAAGGUGAAUCAGGCAAGACAAGAGUCAGAGAGAAGUCAGACUUGAUUAACAGUAACUUUCAAAUUAUUUGUCAUACAUGACACUUUAUUCAUGUUAUUGUGUUCACAACACCUGUAACUCCGAACUCUGUUAGCAA